AUGCUCGAACAUGCGCUUAUUUUAGGUGCUUAUUUAUUCUCUAUCGGUAUUUAUGGACUAGUAACAAGUCGAAACAUGGUUAAAGCACUUAUGUGUCUUGAGCUAAUACUCAAUGCGGUUAAUUUAAACCUAGUAACAUUCUCAAAUUUUUUUGAUAGUAGGCAAGUAAAGGGGGAUAUCUUCUCGAUCUUUGUUAUAGCUAUCGCUGCUGCUGAAGCAGCUAUUGGAUUAGCUAUUGUUCUGGCAAUAUAUCGUAACAGAAAAUCAACUCGUAUCGAUCAAUUUAAUUUGUCAAAAUGGUAA